AUGGAUAAUCAAGUUGCAUCAAUGACCGGCGAAGAGGACACAAAUGAUAGAAUUUUAUUGAAGAGUCAACCCUUUUCUGAACCUGCACUGAGGGAUGAGCCCAACGAACCCCCCGCAAUUCGAAGACACGGAGCAACUGAACAUGGGAUCUCACCACAACAGAGCGCUGGCCAGAAAUCAAACCCGCCGAAUGGCAGUGCUGCCAAUAAUAAGAAGAAGAAUAUCCACCGCAUUGACAGGUCUGCUCAACCAUAUACACCGUCAUUGUCCAGAUCCUUUCCCCCAGUAGAUCGGAUCAUAGCCAAACAGGCUACAGAUCAAUACUACCUGGUGCAGGCAAAGACAUGCAAUAGCUUUUCGACGCAUCCGUCAGACCAUUGGAGCCUGACGGGUGGAAUUGUGCCCAAGUGUCGGACUUGCAUUGAGAAGCUAGCGGGUGGUGGAGGCUGUCGGUUCCAGGGCGUUAGAGCGUUUGCGCCUGUCGGGGGUAUAGUGCAAGAUGGAGCUUCGCGAGAGAUGGAUGAAGAUGGUGUAAGAGAGGGCAAGGAAAUUGGGAAACGAAAGCGUGAAGAAAGCAUUGAUGGAAAGGAAGAAGAAGACUUGGGACGCCGGUCGAAGCGAAGCAGGAGAGCGGUGUCGCAGUCAGAUCUCGGAAUUGAAGCAAUUCCAAAGGGGAGCAGAGUGAGGAAAUCUGGUACUUCACAGGCCCUUAAAAAUUAUCAGCCUGUGUUGAAAGGCUUCAAGGAUCGCGAGCAGCCAGAUCUAAGGCAGUGGGUCCUUGUUGGCAACUGGCAUGAUCAAGAUCCAGCGGAGUCGAAACAGGACUCCACUAAAGGCCAAGGCCAAGGCGAAGCGAGUUCCUCAGAUAAACAACCAAAACUUACCAAAGCCGAAGAUGCAGAAUAUCUGCUUCAAAUGACAGCACCCGCUUUGCAAGGGAUUCUGUCAAAGAUCUUUCGGUAUCUGACUGCAGGUGGGUCUGAAGAUGGCACCGGACCUACGCCGGCACUUAAAUCUUCACCUAUUAUAUUUCGCAAACCCGAGCCAGGAGAACGUAUUGUCUGUGACGCUUGUGGCGGAGCAUGCUUUUUGUGUUCAUGGAUGUGUGUUGCGUGUGGAACUGAGAUCUGCCUGGACUGCUGGGAAGAAUGGGAUCCGCGGCCUCAUGGGGAGGGACUCACCAAGAGUGAAGAAGAAGCAUACAUGUUCGUACCAAGAUAUGACAGAUGUGCAAGUCGCAAACGGCACACUAGGGCGCAGUUUGUGCUGAUAUGCAGAUCGACAAAAUCCAAGAUCGAUUGGCUUCAUGGACUGGCAUCAGCUGUCGCGCAAGAGCACGUUAGCUUCGAAACGAAACCUGAGCCUAAGAGCAUAGUCGAAUGCAGCACCGCUGUAGGAGAUCACCAUUUGCGUGUCUGCAAAUACCUGUUUCAGUCUGGAGAUGGCAUCCUCGACGAAAAUACGUUUCGCUCAAUAUGGCAUUCAGACGGGGAUCCAAGACGAGGGACACCAAUUGUUCUCCAAGGUAUGCUAAUGCGGUUCAAGCAAGCCUGGACACCAAAGCAUUUUAUUCGAGACCAUGGAAAGGAAAGUUGCUUUCUAGUCGACUGUGUUUCCAGCAAGACCGAUACGUCUCCGACUACAGUUGGCGAGUUUUUUGAAGGUUUUAUGCAGCAAACACUAAAGUGGGAGCAACGGAGUGUUAAAUUGAAGGAUUGGCCACCAGAUGCGGAUUUUGCUGAUCAUUUCCCCACCCUGUUCGAGGACUUUGAGCAAGCAUUACCAUUUCCAAAACACAUGUCCCGCAAGGGUCAUUUGAAUCUCGCAUCAUACUUUAAGGAUGACAUGCUCAAACCGGACUUGGGUCCAAAGAUGUAUUGUGCUUAUCCGGCACCGCAAUUUCUUAAGAGUGCUCCGGAAAUGCAACAGGAGCGGGCCACCACCAACCUUCACCUUGACGUGACAGAUGCCAUCAAUAUCAUGGUUUAUGCUUCUACGUCAUCAGGUGAGGAGGGAAGCGAGCAGACGGACAAGCCAGCGGCGGUCUGGGACAUUUUCGAACCGCGCAGUACUCAGUUUCUCAACCGUUUCCUGCGUCAGAAGUACAAGGACCUCAAAGUAGACGAUCCCGUCAACCGCCAAUUAUUUUUCCUGACCGAUGCUGAUCUUAAAGUACUUGAUUCGGAGGAAUGGGGCUACACAAAGUCUUUUCGAAUAUUCCAAGAGCCUGGCGAUGCAGUCCUAAUUCCCGCCGGCUGUGCUCAUCAGGUCGCUAAUGGGAGAAGUUGUAUCAAAGUUGCUGUGGACUUUAUUUCUCCUGAACGAAUUUACGUGUGUGCAGACAUCAUGAAGUCGUUUCGCGAUCUUGCGGCUAAUUAUGAGUACCACGAGCAAAUCGAAAUGGAGGGGGGAAAGCCACAAAGAUGCGGCAGAACAUCAAAGAAGGAUGCAAAUCUUGCAAAGAAGGAAGAUGUGUUGCAGCUUUACAAUAGUCUAGUGUACUGCUGGCUUCGGCUGGCAGACGUGGCCGAAGGUAUGAGACGGAGGAAUGAAGCCGUCAAGGAAGAAGGGCGAUAG